UGUCUUAACUUAAUUAUGUUAAGUUCACAUGAGAGUGUACAAAGGUCACUCACACAGGCCCGUAUCAGAUGAGUUAGAAAGGAGAAGUGAAAUCGGAGAGACUAGUCAGGCCGUGGGAGGGACAUGUUACGUGUGACGUAAGAUCCGCAAACUUGCCCCGAAAUCAAAGGCAGAAACAUUUUUUUAAAUACUGUAGCAAGAGGGCUGAGGUAAAGGGCAUCACUGUGUGGCACGACUCUUGGACCGGACGGUGGCUCGUUGAGAGCAAAGGAGAUAUUUGAGGAGAUACACAGAGACUGAGAGAUAAGGAACGGUAAACUUUCACUGGAGUACACCUCUCUACUCUUCACUGGCUUCCACGUCCUCUACUAGUCUACCGUUGCUCAGCUGUCAACAUGGGUUGCAACAACAAGCAAUGCCCUAAAGGUCAAUACCUGCUUGAGUCCACCUGUGAGUGUACAGACUGCCCUGAUGGUCAAUUCACUGAUGUAGAAAAUGGGCUUCAUCGAUGCUUAACAUGUCAAGAGUGCAACUCAAUGAACACGAAGGAGAAGAGUUCCUGUAAGAAAGAUCAAAACACCGUGUGUGUGUGCCAGGAGAGAUUCUACUGCACAGAGCGGGAUCCUGGUCCCGUCUGCGCACACUGUGCACUGCGUAAUCAGUGUGAGGCCGGGCAGGGUGCAGUCAAUGUUGGAACUCCAGGAAACACCAUCUGCAAACCUUGCCAACCGGGACACUUCAACAAUGUCACAAGCUAUAACUCACGUUGUCUUCCGCACACCAACUGUACUGCCCUGGGACGGGAGGUCAAGACGCCUGGUACCCUAAUAGCAGACGCGGAGUGUGGCAACCACAUGUGCACCUACCCUGCCCACCUCUGGAUGUUACCCGCAGGCUUGUGGCUGGGGCUAAUCAUUUCUGCCAUCAUCGCCAUCAUCGCAGCCUACGCUUACUGGAAGGUGAAGCGCCAAUCAAAACACCCGGUGAGUGCCGCAGAUGAGAUGAUUGUCAGGUUUUCUCCUGCGACCCCUGACAUAUUGCCACCACCCAACGAACUUUACAAGAAUGAAUGCACCGAGACUCAACCACUCAACCACUGUGCGGUGGAGACCAGCUCCAUCUCCUGUGACUGCACUGUGGAAUGCGACGGCCCUGGAUCGCCCACCAUGACAUCACCGACCUCUCCCAUGAGACUCACCCCACUGGCGCCCCCUGGUGGAGUAGCAGGGGACAGCAUCGUUUCCACCGUCUGUCAAUCAGAGCCGCAGGAAGAUGAGUGGCCUGGAGCCUAACCGCUGGCACACAGGGCGCCGCCCCCGCCCCCCCACAUCCCAUCCCCCGCCCUCAACCUUCACACUAACCCCCGACCUGCUGUGGGGCACUCAACCACUAAUGUGUGUGUGUUCAUGUGUGUAGCAUGGGCACGAGGGCCACGAGGGCCACUAGUGUGUGUGUUCAUGUGUGUGUGUGUAACAUGGGCAUGAGAGUGGAUCGACCAACGUUUUCACCCCAGUUGGAUGAAGGAUGGAGGACAAAGUGUGUUUGGGGGUUCCCACUGAGACUGUACGGAGGAUGCCAUUGGCUAUAUGGACAUGUCAUGACACCGGCCCUAGAGCCGUAUAGGCACAGAGAGGACUGAUGGAGGAAGUGAUGUCUGCUGAGCACCAGAGAGGGACAGACUAUGAGACGGGAACAGCAGACAUCACAGAGUAGCGCAGAGAACUGCUGAGUCAAAUCACUCCUCUGGCUGAGGAAGUGUCCAGUGUGUGUAUUUAUAGAAGCGGCCGCAAAUGUUCCUGUUUUUCCUGAACUGAGUUUUCUUUUUGUAUUUUGUCAUACUGUGUUUUUUUUAAAAAAUUGAACAUAUAUAUAAAUAUAAAUAAAUAAAAGAUAAAUAAAUCUUACACCAGAACAAAAAA